AUGGAAGCUUCUGAGAAGCCGGAGAAGACCGGAUGCCCAGCUCAAGACCCUUCCAUGUCUUGGAGAAACAAGAGGAAGCGUAAAGGGUACCUGCCUGCAGAGUCUGUGAGAAUCCUCCGCGACUGGCUCUACGAUCACAGGUUUGAUGCAUAUCCCUCAGAAGCCGAGAAACAAAUGCUGUCGGGGCAAACCAAUUUGUCUUUACAACAGAUCUCAAACUGGUUUAUUAAUGCUCGCAGACACAUUCUUCCGAAAAUGCUUGUAGUGGAUGGAAACGAUCCCAAAUGCCAAAAAUGCAAGGCCACCGAUAUAUUGUAUCAGCUGAGUACUGAUCCACGUGUGCAAGCCACGUUGGGGCCCCAAAAUCCAAACAAGAUACAACACCUAUCUCUGAGCCCCUUGCCAGAGGGCCAGGAAUCAGAAGCAAAGCUACCGAUUCCAGAGUUGGCCCCGUGCAGGAGGUUUAUCCUGAAAGUCCCUGCGGAGAAAAAGUUUGAGAAUUCCACCAGUGAGUCUUCCCCUUCUCCAGAACUGAUGCCGUCAGAGGAAUACAAGGACUUCAGCAGCUUCCUGAUCCUAGUUGAUGUAGCCGUGCAGAAGGCUGCUGAACUGGAGCUACAGAAAGAGCAAAACCAUAAUCCAUAG